AUGGAUUUCCUCGGUUCUUUUGACGUUUCUGACUCUCAAGGCACCGUAGUAGCAUCUGCGGAAGAGGAGGACGAGGCACAGGAGGAGUUGUUGUUUUCGGACCUUUGUCGUACUCGACCAACGCCUCGUGCAGAUAGCUCUGGCGACGAUGAGGAGAAGGAGAAGAAGGCAGGAGAUGAAGGGGUGAUAGAUGCCCCAACUCCACCGACAAAGAAGAAGGCUGCUAAGAAGCCCGCUCGUGAGACUAGAGAGCUCCCGCCUGUACCAGAUUUUGAAAACAUCUUUCGCCAUUACAAGGAUCGACACCCAGCACAUGUCGACGAAUACUGGUCAACCAGUCCCGAGUAUCCUCAGUACUCUAUUACUCACUUUAUGACCCUCUUUCGCUUCCAGCAACUAAAGCGUUAUCUUCAUGUCUUCCACCCCAACGAGCCUGAGCAACAUUGGUUCUCAAAGGUUGAGCCUGUGAUGGACAGACCUGUCUCCAUGCUCUUCACCGUCCAUGCCCUCAGCCUCGGCGACGACGACUGGUCCGUUGUCCGAGAUCGCAGACGCCCUCGAGAGACAAGCGCCAACGCAAAGCCAGUGCGGGCUGCUUAUAAAGGACAAUCCAGGGCGUUACUCCCCAUCCAAAAAAUCAUCGAUGACUAUAACCACCACAUGAACGGAGUCGACAUCGCCGACCAGUUACGCAGCUACUAUUCGACUCAGCUCAGGACUUAUCGCGCAUGGGUUCCGAUCUUCUUCUGGUUACUGGAUACAACAAUCAUUAACGCGUACCUUAUCAACAGAAUCUUCGGCUCUUCCAUGCAUCACAGGGAGUUCCGACAGCCCCUGGCUAGAGUCCGCCAAAUGUGA